AACCAUCAUAUCGUUAUAUCUGAGGAACUGUUAUUAUAACGUUACCGCCAUAAUAGCGGUCGUGAGCGAUUUAUGAAUAAAAUAAAAUAAAAAACAUACAUUAAAAAGUAUUUACCCAGAAUGCCUUAGAAAGUCACGUUGAUCCAACAUGGCGCUUGUCUGCUCAAUUAGUCACGAAGUGCCGGAACAUCCCGUGUUGUCACCAACCUCUGGUCACAUAUUUGAAAAAAGACUAAUAGAGAAAUAUAUCAGUGAUAAUGGUACUGAUCCCAUCAAUGGUGAAGACCUCUCAGAAGACCAGUUGAUUGACAUCAAGGUGAGUCCCGUAGUGAAGCCACGCCCACCCACGGCUACAAGUAUACCAGCUAUAUUGAAAGCUUUACAGGAUGAAUGGGAUGCAUGUAUGUUGCAUAGUUUUACACUUAGACAACAACUACAGACGGCAAGACAAGAAUUAUCUCAUGCCUUGUAUCAGCAUGAUGCUGCCUGUCGUGUCAUCGCUCGUCUCACUAAAGAAGUGAUGGCUGCAAGAGAAGCCUUGGCUACAUUGAAACCCCAGGCUGCUACUGGUAUUAUACCAACCACACCCACACAGCCUUCAUUACCACCUGCCGUCAUGGUGGCCGGUAUGGAGCCCAUGGAAGCUGCUGAAGCUGGUGAGGAAGCCGGAAUGACUGAUGAAGUUAUCCAGAAGUUACAAGACAAGGCACAGUUGUUGACUGCCGAGCGUAAGAAGCGUGGAAAAAGAGUACCCGAGGGAUUGGUUGGAAGUGAAGAUAUUAGAAACUAUAAACAACAGUCUACACAUCCUGGUUUGCAUAGUGCUAGCGUACCCGGCAUCUUGUCAAUGGACUUGCAUGCUUCAGACACAUCAAAGGUUCUCACAGGUGGCGCUGAUAAGACUGCUGUUGUAUUUAACAAAGACACUGAACAUGUUGUAACGAUUUUGAAAGGACAUACAAAGAAAGUUACCAAUGUCAUCUACCAUCCAGAGGAAGACAUUGUAUUCACAUCAUCACCGGACACCACUAUUCGUGUAUGGAUGGUAGCAAAUGGGUCAUGUACACAAGUUAUUCGUGCUCAUGAAGGUCCAGUCACUGGUAUCAGUUUACAUGCAACGGGUGAUUAUCUACUCAGCUGUUCCGAAGAUAGGCACUGGGCGUUCUCUGAUAUUAGAACUGGCCGUGUUCUCACUAGAAUUUCAGAUGAAUCUGUCAGUCAUCCGCUGACAUGUGCUCAGUUCCAUCCCGAUGGUCUCAUCUUUGGUACUGGUACUGGUGACAGCAUGAUUAAGAUAUGGGAUUUGAAAGAGCGGGCUAAUGUGGCCAACUUCCCAGGACAUUCCGGACCGAUCUCGGCUAUCUCCUUUUCUGAGAAUGGUUAUUAUCUUGCUACAUCGGCAGACGACUCUGUCGUCAAAUUGUGGGAUCUACGAAAACUGAAGAAUUUCAAGACAAUCUCAUUGGAUGAUCGAUAUGAGGUGAAAUCUCUGUGUUUUGAUCAGAGUGGUACAUACUUGGCUGUAGCUGGUACCGAUGUACGUGUAUAUCUCUGUAAACAAUGGGAUAACCUGGCAGUAUUCAAAGAUCACUCGGAUAUGGCUACGGGAGUGCGAUUUGGUCGGCAUGCGUCAUUCAUCGCAUCUACAGGUAUGGACCGAAGUCUCAAAUUCUAUGGCCUGUAGAGAAUUUUAACUGGAGUACAGAUAGUCACAUACGAAUCACCUGAAAACAGACAAAAGAUUUUUACUGCAACAUGUAUUCAUAUUUUUUCGUAAUUUUUCUGAAUGUUAUGAAUAAUUCAGUACCUUAUCCUGAAUUGCAAAUUUGCCAUGUGCGGUACACGCCUAGUGAUUACCAACAAUGUGUGGGAUUUUUCUAGUUAGCAAGAUCAAUAUCGUCAGACGUUGUCCUACACUGGAACACGCAAAUAACACACUAGUACAUUUCCCCAUUGCUAUCACCAUGAAUUCAUAAGUUAAGUUUAUUUUCUUGUUAAGUAAUUGCAAAAACAGGGCAGUGUAGAAUAAGUCCCCAUUUGAAAUUGUUCCAACCCCACUUCCCUCUCUUCCAUCCACUGUGUUAGUAGGAAUGGAACACUGAAAUAUUGUAAUAUCUAUUACCUUUAAAAAAUAUCAUUCAUGAAUUAUCAAAACUUGUGAACAUGAGUAGUCUCAAUUUAAUCUACUUGUACAAUCUUGACCAAAAAAUUGAAAAAAAAAUAUGCUAAAGGAAAAUGUGUAACGUUAAUGUAUUCUGUAAGAACACUGUUGUGUAUACAUUUGUUUUUAUAGAAUUUAUUGGAAUUUAUGAUUAUUACUGCCAUUUAAUAUUUUAUUUAAUCCAUUAUUGUGACAAAAGUAAUUAUUGCUUCAGCUUGAGAAUAUGAAUCUGAAAAUAUUAUUGAUGUUUUUAAGAUCUUGUACUUUCUGCCAUAAAGGUUGCACAUCCUGGUACUUUCUGCCAUAAAGGUCGCACAUCCUGGUACUUUCUGCCAUAAAGGUCGCACAUCCUGGUACUUUCUGCCAUAAAGGUCGCACAUCCUGGUACUUUCUGCCAUAAAGACUGCACAUUAUUUUCCAAAACUGAGUGGUUGUCAUUCAAUUUCACAAACAGUUUAUAUUAUGCAAAAAUUGAGGUAUAAUUCUGGAAAUUGUAUUGUUUUAGAGCUGCAUCAUGCUCAGAAAUGCCAGGAUGUGUGACCUUUUGGAGUCAUAUAAACAUCUCAAUUUUUCUCGUAUAUUGUUACAGAUUUGAUUGUAAUUUUUGAAGUAUAUUUUUGAUGGCAGUUGCAUAUUUCUAUUUCGAGGAUAAACUAUUAUAUAGCUGCAUUUUUUUAGCAGGAUAAAAACUUAUGUGAAAGGGACUUACAAGAAAAUUCGUCAGUGGAUUUACUGUUUUUUUUUUUACUUGGAUUUGUGAUGGUAUCUGACUCUGUAAUACAAAUAUACCU